UCUCGGUGUGGUUAACUGUGUAAGAAGUGGAGUUUUUAUCAAAAGUAAAAGGCUAAAUCUGCUUGUAUGCCGUUGGCUGACGUCGUCUUUAACAUUAUUUUUAGGGUGUCUCUGGAUAUUUCGUUAUAGUUUGGAUAGUAAACUUUCUUUGGCAAAAUGCGUCUGAUCCAGAACAUGUCAACCAUUGCGGAGUACCCGAGCGCUGAAUGCCCGUCCAACCGGGUGAUAAAGAUCGCAGUGAUCGGAGGCAGCGGGGUUGGGAAAACCGCGCUAGUGGUUCGUUUCCUCACCAAGCGGUUUAUCGGCGACUACGAGAGAAACGUUGGCAACCUGUACUCCAGAGAGGUGCAGAUAGACGGGGAACAAGUGGCCAUUCAAGUUCAAGACACACCUGGAGUUCAAGUAAAUGGUAAUGGAUUGAGUUGCACCGACCAUUUGGUAUGCUCCAUUCGAUGGGCAGAUGCUGUAGUUAUGGUCUAUUCUGUGACAGACUGUCGAAGCUUCGAUCUCAUCGGACAGCUCCACCAACUUGUUAGCCGCACCCAUGUGGAUAGAUCAUCCACCCUACCGAUCAUCCUGGUAGCCAAUAAAGCUGACCUCCUCCAUGUUAGACGGGUGGAUAUUCAAGAAGGUCCAUUGUUGGCCUCGGCUUUAGGCUGCUCCUUCUAUGAGGUAUCUGCUAGUGAGGACUAUAACCAGGUCCAUGGUGCCUUCCACAGACUGUGCAUGGAUCUGGCUAAGCUGCAGCCUGCAUUCAUGCAGUCUCAGACCCCCGUCAAUGCAGCUUCAUCUGGGACAGAGAAGAAAAAAUCACCCCUCAUCCCCCGGCCCAAAUCCCCCAACAUGCAGGACUUAAAGAGGCGCUUCAAACAGGUGCUCUCUGCCAAGGUCCGGACCGUCACGUCUGUGUGAAGGGGAGAGGGAGGGGGUGGCCUGAAUGACAGCCAGAUAAGUGGUUGAAAAAUUGUGGGUUUGAGAAAGGAAGCUCUAAGGAGAGGGAGAAGGUCUCAAGAGCAGUGAUGCUGAAUGUAUAGGUCUCGCUCCUUUGAAGUUCAUGAGUUUCGUUGUUGAUUGGCAGACCAGUAACAAACAGAGGCCCCUGGACCCUUGACCUCUGAUUUGCGUCAUAGACACUGAAAAAAAUGAGAAGUAGUGACCUCAGCCUGGUAAACUUUACUUUUCCACAUGACCAAACCAGUGCGAGUGGACACUUGUGUUGCUGGGACAUGUGGCCUUGAAUAGGAACCAUGCAAAGACAGACUUGUACUAAAAGGAACUGAAUAAAACCCCAUUUCAACACCAUUAUAUUCACUCUGCCUUACCUGUGGACUUUUAGACAUGCUUUCAUGGUAGCAGAGAUGGCAAAGGCCACAGUAACUGACUAUUUUAAGAAUUUCUUUUCUAAAAGUUUUUCAUGGUCAAGGUUUUCACCUCUAACUGCAGAGACCGUCUGAAUGCACGCAUUGUUAAAGGACAAGGCACUCAAGUGAAGCAAAAAGUGUGUGUGCUUAUCUCCUGCUCUGUCAACAGUACUAUUCUUGUGUACAAGGCCAAAAUGUUUCUCCUGGUUUUGUGUAAUACUGCUUUGAGACACUUUUCUACAGUGGAAUAGAAGACCCUUUUUUUUUUUUUUUGUAAAUGCACUUUAAAAAAAAUGCCAAGGGGCUGGAGCUCCGAGUUAUUUAUUUAUUUGUUCAUUUUGGGAUUGGAAA